GCGGGACUUGCCGCAAUACGGGUAGGAAAAUGCUAUACAGGGAAGCAGGUUUGUAAAGCUGUCAUCGAUCAGAACCGAUCAGUCGCUGCUCAUCCGUCCUCCAGCGGCGGCACCGACACCGCGACUGGAAUUAAAAUGGCUGCGGGGAGCGUCAACCCGUUCAACGCGAGCGAUUCGGACGAGGAAGCCGAGCGCCGGAGACAGCAGCGUGACGGCGGUGACAGCGAGCGCAGCCCGAGCGAUGAGGCGCCAGGCCGGAGCCCCGGGCCCUUCUCCCCGCCGCCGACUGACUCGGACCCGGGCCUGCUGUUACCCAGCAGUAACCGAGCCGGUCCGGGGGCCGGGCAGGGCGGUAGCGCCGAGCCCUCGCGGGUGUCGGUGGACGCUAUAGCUGCGCAGCUGCUCCGGGAUCAGUACGUCCUCACGGCCCUGGAGCUCCACACCGAGCUGCUGGAGGCCGGGAGAGAGCUGCCCCGGCUCCGGGAUUAUUUCUCCAACCCGGGCAACUUCGAGAGACAAAGCGCCACUCCACCCGCCUGCAAGGAGCCUGGACUGGGUCUGGGUGCGGCCGGAGCUCUGAAUCGGGCCGGCAGCAUCAGCACGCUGGAUUCGCUGGACUUCACCCGCUACUCGGACGACGGGAACCGGGAGACGGACGAGAGGGUGGCAGUUCUGGAGUUUGAACUACGGAAAGCCAAGGAGACCAUACAGGCUCUGCGCAACAACCUGACUCAGGCUGCAGAGUGCGAAAUCCCGUCCCAGGAGCGCAAAAACUUCAAAUCCAGUCCUGAAGUUCAGGAACCCAUCCGUCCUCUGGAGAAACGAGCCUUAAAUUUUUUAGUCAACGAGUAUUUACUGAAGAGCGAGUACAAGCUGUCGUCCAUCACCUUCUCUGAUGAAAAUGAUGAUCAGGAUUUUGAGUUGUGGGACGACGUGGGACUGAACAUCCCCAAACCUCCAGAUCUGCUGCAGCUCUACCGAAACUGCGGCAGCGGCCAGUAUUCUCACCGGGAGACGGCGGACGUAGGAGUGGGCGUGGACGCUGACGACUUCCCCGUGGACUACAUUACCCAGGAGUCUGUGCAGAAAACGGAAACCGUCCAGCAGAAGGAGGUGGUGCAGGAGCUGGAGUACCAGAUCAACCUGCUGAACAGCGAGAAACAAACUCUGGCUGAGCAGAUAAAAAAAUUACAAAGUGAGAUCCAGGACCUGCAGAGGAGCGUUUCGUCUCCCCCUGUACCCCCAGCGGAGCCCGACGAGUCGCGUUUCGACUGCAGCCGAGCUCCCACGGAUAACGGCCAGUAUCUGGAUAUACGUGGAGUCACAGAGGCCGACAGCACUACGGAUUAUAAAUCUAAAGCUGCCACGAGCACCAGCACCACCACUACUACCAACACUACCACCACGAGCUCUACUGCACCAGUUAGUGGGAACUCCGCUCCGUCUUCACAGAGCCACAGCAAGUUUAAGCGGCCCGACCAGCACAGCAAAGGGCCCGUGCAGUUCGACCAGCCAAACAGGAAGCUGGCUCCGGCCUUCCACCAAGAGCUUUUGUCCUUCUGCAGAAUGUCUGCUGACAGUCGUCUCGGCUCGGAGGUGUCCCGUAUCGCCGACAGCGAGGAGAGUGUGAUGCUGAUGCUGGGUCGCUGUCUUCCUCACAUCGUGCCCAACGUCCUGCUGGCUAAACGCGAGGAGCUCAUUCCGCUGAUCCUGUGCACGGCCUGCCUCCACCCCGAGCCCAAGGAGAGAGACCAGCUACUUCACAUCCUCUUCAACCUCAUCAAGAGACCCGAUGACGAGCAGAGGCAAAUGAUCCUGACGGGCUGUGUGGCUUUCGCCCGGCAUGUGGGUCCGACGCGGGUGGAGGUGGAACUAUUACCCCAGUGCUGGGAACAGAUAAACCACAAGUACCCGGAGAGGAGGCUGCUGGUGGCGGAGUCUUGUGGAGCGUUGGCGCCCUACCUGCCCAAGGAGAUCCGGAGCUCUCUGGUGCUGUCCAUGCUGCAGCAGAUGCUGGCGGAGGACAAGGCCGAUAUGGUGCGAGAAGCCGUGGUGAAGAGUCUGGGCAUCAUCAUGGCCUACAUCGACGACCCGGACAAAUACACUCAGGGCUUCGAGCUGAUGCUGCUGUCUCUGGGUGAUCUGUCGGAGCGGGUGGUCAGCGCCACGCAUCAGGUCUUCAUCCCCGCCUUCGCCGCGUGGAGCACCGAGCUCGGGAACCUUCAGUCUCAGCUCGUCCCUUCACUGCUCAGCCGCAUCGAGAAGCUGCUGCAGCAGGCUGAACACAGUUUGGACGAGCACAAGCUGCACAUGUACCUCUCGGCUCUGCAGUCUCUGAUCCCCCCUCUCUUCGCGGUGGUGCUCCAGAACGCCCCCUUCACCAGCCGCGCCACGCUGCAGCCUGACGUCACGCCCAUCGAGGUGACCCGCUUCCCCCGCCCGGCGUCCCCUUUGCAGAACGUGUCGUGCAUCGUGGGCAGCAGGGAGCAGCUUGCCGCACUGCUUCAGCUUUAUGAGCACCAGCUCCAACACGAAGGGACCACGGGGUGGGACAGCCUGCUCUGGGUGGUCAACCAGCUUCUCCCUCAGCUGAUCGAGAUCGUCGGGCGCAUAAACGUGGCCUCCACCACCUGCGUGCACGAAUUUUCCAGAUUCUUCUGGCGCCUGUGCAGGACCUUCGGGAAGACGUUCACCAACACCAAGGUGAAGCCUCAGUUCCAGGAAAUCCUGCGGUUAUCUGAGGAGAACGUGGAUGCCACGGCUGGCAACGGCAUUUUGACCAAGGCGACGGUGCCCAUCUAUGCAACGGGAGUCCUGACGUGCUACAACCAGGAGGAGGACCGUAAGCUGUUGGUGGGCUUCCUAGAGGACGUCAUGACCACUCUGUCUCUUUCCCAUGCGCCUCUGGACAGUCUCAAAGCUUCCUUCGUGGAGCUCGGGGCGAACCCGGCCUACCACGAGCUGCUGCUGACUGUUUUGUGGUACGGCGUGGUCCACACCUCUGCGCUGGUCCGCUGCACGGCCGCUCGCAUGUUUGAGCUGUUGGUGAAGGGGGUGAAUGAAACCCUUGUAGCUCAGAGAGUUGUUCCGGCUCUUAUCACUCUCUCCAGUGAUCCUGAAAUCUCUGUGAGAAUAUCCACUAUUCCUGCCUUCGGGACCAUUAUGGAGACGGUUACACAGAGAGAGUUGUUGGAGAGGGUAAAGAUGCAGCUGGCAUCGUUUCUGGAGGAUCCUUUGUAUCAGGACCAGCAUUCGUUGCACAUGGAGAUCAUCAAGACCUUCGGGAGGGUCGGACCCAACGCCGAGCCCAAGUUUAGAGACGAAUUCGUGCUUCCUCACCUACACAAGCUGGCCAUGGGCAACAACAUGCAGACGGUGGAGAACAAGCGCAUGGACAUUGCUGGUCAGCUCUUCGAGGCCUACAGUGCUCUGUCCUGCUGCUUUAUUUCGGAGGAGGUCAUGGUGAAUCAUUUUCUUCCUGGUCUGAGGUGCCUGAGGACAGACAUGGAGCAUCUUUCUCCGGAACACGAGGUUAUUCUCAGCUCCAUGAUUAAGGAGUGUGAGCUGAAGGUGGAAAACCGUGCCAUGGGAGAGGCACAAGGGUCCAUGUCCAUUGCGGCGAGUCUGGUGGGCGAAGACGCCAAGACCAAGUUCCUGAGUAAGAUGGGUCAGCUGACCACGUCAGGUGCCAUGCUGGCUAACGUUUUCCAGAGAAAGAAGUGAAGCCGGUGCCGUCUGGGACCUCCUCCUACUUGAAGUUGGAUGCCUUCAUUUCAUCCGUUUGUUGUGGGUUUGUUUGUUUUUUUCUGUUGUUCUUUUCCGACCAGAUUUUAUAUCUUUAUUUAUGUCUUAGAUUUUGACCUCCAAAGAAAAUUGCACUGUAUUCGUUCUGUUUUUAUUAACACCACUACAUUUGUUUUGUUGGUAAUUUAAUGAAGAUAGGAAGCAUUCCGUAAUUAUUUCCUUCGUCGUGACCUUCUCACGUGUUGACGUGUCUCUGGAUGAUUUUCUAUAGGUGUGUAAAAUUACUCUGUUUCUGUUUCUUUUUUUUUUUUGGACAUGCUCACACCGUAAAUAUCUGUAAGAUACGCUGAGAGCCAGCGUAGCCGUCUGCUGUAUAUUGGAAACUGCUGUCAUGAUUAAAAGGUGAAGAACUGUUGUGUAA